ACAUGGGUCGUUCGCCCAGCCCGCGGCGUCGCGAUGACAGGCGCCGGGAUCGCGACCGCGACAGAGAUCGAGAUAGGGACCGCGAGAGGCGGAGACCUCGCACCCGGUCCCGUUCCCGCUCUCUCGACCGCCGGCGGCGCUCCCCGGACCGUCGCCGGAGCCCCUCGCCGCGUCGCCGCCGCUCCCGUUCCACGUCCCCUGGACCGUCUACGUCCUUCGUCAAGCCGAAGAAAACUUUCGGCGAGCGUCCGAUAGUCACCCCUGCAGAUUUAGAAGGUAAAACUCCUGAAGAACAGGAGAUGUUAAAAGUUAUGGGGUUCUGUGGCUUCGACACGACCAAAGGGAAGAAAGUUGAGGACAAUGUUGAAGGCGACGUCCAUGUGGUGUUGAAACGUAAGUACAGACAGUAUAUGAACCGUAAGGGCGGGUUCAACCGGCCGCUAGACUUCGUUGCAUGAAGGCAGGGAGCGCGCAGCGAGUCCUCGCUACCAUGUUGGUCUGUUCUAGUUAUAAGGCUGAUAUGUGAUAUUUUUGAUAGCUUGGUUUUAUAUGAACGUUAUUUAUUAUUUAGGACUAAUUUUAUAAACUUAUCCGUUUUAUGCGGAAAAGUUAGCGGGCAUAGUAGGCUUGCAUUUGUUAACCAUAUUUUUUGAAAGUGAAUUUGGCCUUAUGCAAGCCUAUUUUACAUUAAAUAGGCCUACUCGGCCUGAUGCCUCGUGCAGUCCAUAGCCAGUAUAACUGGUAAAUUUAAAACAAUGGAUUAUUAAUAGAUUUACAAUUGACAAAGGGAUUUGUGUCUUUUAGAGUCUAACACAAUAGAUUUUCAGUUUCUCAUAAUUAUUGUUGAUAACUUUUUGGCAGUCAAAGGCCUUUUAAACUGCAGCUUAAAGAUUGUCCCCAAUAAAAACUUAAACCAUUUCUUUAACUUUCAAAAAGAACUUCCGAUCUUGAGAAACCUAAAAAAUCUAUGGGAACAUUGCAGAUACUAUCCCAGAGACUAAAAUUACCAUUUCCUGAGGUCCAUUAUCUGCUUUCUCUCAUCCGGCCAAAACUCUCAAGAUCCCCCUUGGCAUUGAAUUGUAACCGGUUUUCUUUUACCGGGAGCACCCUUGAUCAUGACAGUUACCGGGAAGUAAGGUAGGGGUCCCAAACAAUGAGCGUACAAGCUUAAAAACAUGUUUACUGGUCAAAUUUAACUGUCUCCUGGUCAGACAACUUUCAUGUGAAUCAUGAUCAACACAAAACAUGUGCAAAUUCUAAAUAUUAUUCUUAUACAUACCAAGGAGUUGAGUUGUGUUGGUUGAAGUUAAAUUUUAAUUUUAGUUUAGCUUUUUCAAUAUUUUUAGGGAGGAUUUAGACCAAAUAAAUAAAUAUACUAUUAUUUGUUUGUUUGACCUAAACCCACUCUAAUAAGCUAGAGCAAGAGUAUACUUACAUUUCUUUUCAUAUGAAUUAAGCUUAAUUACAACAUUUACUAAAAAUAUACUUGAGCCUUCUAGAGGAUAACGAAAAAUUAAACCCCGAAUAAAAUCCUCUGCAUCUGUUUACAUUAAAAGAAUUUGAUAGCUUGCGGUUGCGGUUAGAGUGAAUUCGCUCAUUUGAUGACAAUUGGCCCAUAAUAAACUUAAACAUUUUUCGCUUACCAUCAAAAUGGUUUUCGUUUCUUAAAUCGGGAAUAAAAAACAAAACUAAACUAUUCCAUUUCAUAUAACAUCUUUAAUAAACAUAAUAAUUUGACCAUAUACAUCACAGUUUUUACACGUUUUUUAUACAAACUUUACACAAUACAUACAACAAUAACUAUAAACUAUAAGAAUGUUCAUAUAAAACCAAGUUUACUUAUCAACUUUUUUACAUAGACUAAGUGUUAAACUAUUGUUCCAAUCUCUUGAACUAUUUUAGGAAAUAUGGCUGUGAAAAUACAUCUUAUACAAAAUUUUCAUUCAUUCAUUCAUAAAUUUGAAAAUUUUUGAAAAGGUAAAAGAUUUAAAGCCAUUUCUCUGUAAUGUUGACUUAAUAUCCAUAUUUUUUACAGCCAUAUCUUUUAAAAUGCCAUAUCUUGUUGUUAAACUUCAUAAAAACUAUCUACUGACAAGCAUAUUGAAGGCAGAGCCACUAUUUUCUGACAAUAUACAAGUUUUUGAAACCUGUUAUUGUCUAUUUCAAAAUAUCAAUUAGAUCUGGUUAUCAAAAAGCCAAAAAGUCAUCCCAAUAGCUCGCCCAAUCUUUCAAAGUUGAUCUUUGCCUAAAUGCAGUUCUGAUUCCCAAAAGAUCUCGAUCCACAAUCCAAUUUCGAUAUUAAAACCAUCCAUGAUAAGUUUCUGGCCAAAAAUUCACAUUUGACCCAACAAUAUGUAGGUAUCUCUUCUACAAUCCAAAUUCAAUAUUAAGACCAUCCAUGGAUGACUGAUUUGAUUUUGGCAAAAUCUGGCUUCUGGACUAUAAACUACUGCCUUUUGGCACCUAAUUAAUACUUCUGGGCCAUGGCUCUUCAUUAUUUUUUUAUGAAGUUUACCACCAAGACCUGUUAGUCAUAAGUUAGUAUAAGUCCGUUUACACAGUACCCGCGUGCUGCCCCGGCCCACGCGGGCCCAACCGAGCGCUCUGCGCAACCAAGAAACCGCCUUGCAAUGUGUAAGAGCCGACGACAAUAUUUCCGUGGCCUGUCGCCCUCGAGUUGACUUAAUGGCAUACAUUAUUAGGCAGGUUUUGACCAAAUUUUUAAAGUAAAAAUUCUAUAGCGAGUGGUAUAAACUUCGAAAUUCUCCGCACGAUUUUAUACACUCAAUAAUUUUAGAUCCAACUUUAUACUACUCACUAUACACCCUAAAUUACUGAGCCAUGUUCACACUCGACGACAGACCGAAUUAUAAGACUGAAGUGACCGCACUAGUUUAAGUUGACCGCACGGCGCACCUCUAGUUAGUAGAAGAUAUAUUUAUACACACAUAUACACCCCCCUCCCCCCGGAUUCACCCCUUAUCCUCCACAAUGUACAAUAGUUAAGUUCCGUAUGACAGAAUGGUGUGUUCUUUGUAAACAUAUUAAAUGGCAAUACCACGACCAUAGACAGUUGUCUUAGCUGUAUUUGGGCGUGGAAUUGCCAAUCUAAAUUCUAAAACACUGGCAAUACUGAUUCUUCUUUUGAAUGGUGUUGCCAGAUCAUUCUAUUUUGAUUAAUUGGUACAAUAUUUUUGUUAUAGAUAUACAAAAAACAUAGGUUUCUGUCGUGCCGAACUCCGAUAUACAAUAAUAUACAAUGGUUAAAUAUAUUUUUUAUGUAUAUUAUUAACGCACGCGCCGUGCGGGUGCGGGUGCUAAGCAAGCGUCCUCGUACACAUUGCUGGCUGUUUGUCAAUCCAUCUGCCCUUUCGAAUGAAUCUCCAAAACUACUGAACUCCACAGCACACUUUCGCACAAAUAAAUAAAUAAAAACAACUGGAAUUAAUGUUUGUAAAAAAAUACACAAACCAAUCAUUAGUUUCAGUGAACAAAAUUACGGAAAAAAAUAAAAAUAACUAAAAAUGUACCUACAAAACUCCAUGGUACUUUUUGGCGCCUUUUUUGAUCACAGGACGCCAUUAUUCUUAUUCACAGAUUGUUAAUUUUCAAUACAGACUUAAUUUACAAGAUUAAGUUCCAAUAGCACUUUUUUUCACAAUAUUUGUAUAAAAAAUAAGCGAAUUCUGUUUCACAGUAUAUUGUAUGCAUAAAAACUUGAUUUGUUUGAAGAAUUUUCAUUAAAAAAAUAAGAUUUUUGUGAACAUCUUAUGUAUGAAAAAUCCGAAUUAUUAUUAUAUACUUUAACAACAUCAACGUUACUUGCAUUUCAUGUAAAGUAACGUAAAUAACAAUGGAUUCAUUCCCAAUGUACAUACCACGCAUUAUUUAUAUUUAUUUAAAGUAAAAAAAAAAAGAAAAAUAUGUAAUUUUCAUCGAAAUUUAACCAUAUUUUGCGAACUUGCAGUGAAAUCUUGUUUUAAAGGCCGGUUUCUGAGUACUAUUCUCUACUUUUCCCUUAAAAUCAAGUCAAAUGUUUUUUAUUUCAAAUAGGCCUUUGCAGGCUCCUAUGAAACGUCACACUAGUUGCACGGUUCCAAAGAGUUGGUGUCAUGGAGAAGAACCGGCAAGAAACUCCAUAGACACUCUUUUUAAAAUGAAAAUAAACAGUAGACUAAAGUACUUAGAAACUGGUUAAAAAGCAUAAAUUCUUAUUCUUUCAUAAUUGAUCAAUUCUAGACACUAAUGUUCAAGUGCCAAAGAAAUAGAAAAGUUAUUGGUCAAUGUAAUAUUAAUAAUUUAAUAUGAAAAUAAGUUUUCAAGUUACUGUUUUGCUUUUGUAAAUCAUUGUAGUAAAAAUUUUAAAAACCGAUUUCAAUAAUUUACCAAAAACCUUUUAAAUAUAACAAUUAUGCUGAAAACCGCAUCAAAAUAUGUAUGCAUGUAUGUAUGAUGCAUAUAUGUAAUCUUACAUACUGGUCAAACUUAGAACCUCCUCUUAGUCGGUUAAGAACUAGUCAAAAAUCCUGUUCACUGUUAAUUUCGCAAAAUGAUGGGAAUGUAACGUUUUUGGUGCGAUUCUUUAGUUUAUCUAGAAAUAAUAAGAAAUAAAAUAUGUGUACUAAAAUUAAAAUCCUUGGUACUUUUCGUGUUUCGAUAUUUUGACACUUUCU